CACCGAUCCCAGCUGCUGGGGAAGGAGGGAUGAGCGCCGUUCCCGUGGGAUAAUCACGUGUCCGCGGGGAGUAGUUGUGUGGAAUAGGAGGGGUAGAUGUGAUUGUUACAGCAUGGGAGCUGUCAACACAGAGCUGACGGUAUCUGCGUGUGUUUGUCACUGUGUGAAAGCGAAUGUGUAAUGCCCGCGCAGCUCCUCCGAAUCACGUAAACUUCUGCGCGCGCCGCGAUCGCAACAAUAACACUCCGACUGCUGUUUAUUAUCGCUUCAACAUACGCGACAUACAAAAGGCUGUCACUGCAAACCAAGGUGACUGACCAGCUUCUGUGGGAUUUGAUGUCACCUUUAGAUCGGUUCAACUGAAGAUGGAAACACUGGAGUCGGAGCUGACGUGUCCAAUCUGCCUGGAAUUGUUUGAGGACCCCCUCCUGCUGCCCUGCGCCCACAGCCUGUGCUUCAACUGCGCCCACCGCAUCCUGGUCUCGCACUGCUCUGGCACCAAGCCCCUCGAGUCCAUCUCCGCCUUCCAGUGCCCCACCUGCCGCUACGUCAUCACGCUCAAUCAUCGCGGCCUGGAGGGCUUAAAGCGCAAUGUGACGCUGCAAAACAUCAUCGACCGCUUCCAGAAGGCUUCUGUCAGCGGGCCCAACUCCCCCAACGAGAGUCGCCGGCCGCGGCCCUACAGUGCCACGCUCGGUGGGAGCGCGCGGGGGAGCCCUGCCGGUAGCGCCAUGUCCGUAGAGCGCGUCGGCUGCCAGUUCUGCGAUCAGGAGCCACCACGUGAGGCGGUGAAGACGUGUGUGACAUGCGAGGUUUCGUACUGCGACCGUUGCCUGCGGGCCACGCACCCUAAUAAGAAGCCCUUCACCAGCCAUCGUCUGGUGGAGCCGGUGGCAGACUCUCAGCUGCGUGGACUGGCCUGCCUGGAGCAUGAGAACGAGAAAGUGAACAUGUACUGUGUGGUGGACGACCAGCUGAUUUGCGCUCUCUGCAAGCUGGUGGGACGACACCGCGAGCACCAGGUCACCUCGCUAAGCGAUCGCUUCGACAAGCUUAAGGCUUUUCAAGUGAGUCCUGCCAGAGUUUCUGAAGCGGUUAUGGAGGCAUCAAAGACGAGCGCCGCGCAAACCCUGGAGAAUAACUUAACCAAUCUGGUGAAGAGGAACAGUGAGCUGGAAAACCAGAUGGCCAAACUCAUCCAAAUUUGCCAACAGGUGGAGGUGAACACAGCCAUGCAUGAAGCCAAGCUGGUGGAGGAGUGUGAUGAAUUGGUAGAGAUAAUUCGCCAGAGGAAACAGGUCAUUGCUGUCAAGAUCAAAGAAUCCAAGGUAAUGAAGUUGAGAAAGUUGGCCCAGCAGAUUGCCAACUGCAGACAGUGUUUAGAGCGUUCCAGCGUCCUCAUCACCCAAGCUGAACACAGCCUGAAGGAGAACGACCACGCCCGCUUCCUCCAGACGGCCAGGAAUGUUGCUGAGAGGGUUGCCAUGGCCACGGCCUCCUCUCAGGUCCUCAUCCCAGAUGUCAAUCUGAACGAGGCUUUUGACAACUUUGCCCUCGACUUCUCCAGAGAAAAGAAAAUCCUGGAGGGACUGGAUUAUUUGACAGCACCCAACCCUCCGUCUAUACGUGAAGAGCUCUGCACGGCCUCUCAUGACACCAUUACAGUGCACUGGACGUCUGAAGAUGAGUUCAGCGUCACAUCGUAUGAGCUUCAGUACACCAUCUACACCGGCCAGACCAACUUCAUCAGUCUUUAUAACUCAGUAGAUAGCUGGAUGAUCGUGCCCAAUAUCAAGCAGAAUCACUACACAGUCCACGGUCUUCAGAGCGGCACCCGUUACAUCUUUUUCGUCAAGGCUAUCAACCAGGCAGGCAGCCGAAACAGUGAACCUGCUCGUCUGAAAACCAACAGCCAGCCUUUUAAACUGGACCCCAAAACAGCACACAAGAAGCUGCGGCUGUCUAAUGACUGCCUGACCAUGGAUAAAGAUGAAAGCUCUCUGAAGAAGAGUCACACUCCGGAGCGUUUCAGCGGAACUGGAUCAUACGGCGCUGCUGGCAACGUUUUCAUCGACAGCGGCUGCCAUUAUUGGGAGGUUUUACUGGGAGCCUCCACGUGGUACGCUCUCGGUGUGGCCUACAAAUCAGCACCCAAAAACGAAUGGAGCGGUAAAAACUCGUCCUCCUGGGUUUUCUCGCGCUGCAACAACAACUUCCUGGUGCGGCACAACAACAAGGAGUCUCUGGUGGAAGCGUCGCUGCAGUUGCGCAGGGUGGGCGUGCUGCUGGACUACGACAACAACGCCCUGUCCUUCUACGACGCCAUGAACUCCCAGCACAUAUACACUUUUGACGUUUCUUUCCUACUUCCCGUGGCUCCCACCUUCAUGAUCUGGAAUAAGUCUUUGAUGAUCAUGUCAGGGCUGCCCGUGCCGGAUUUCGUGGACUGCUCGGAGCAGCAGGAGAGCAUCUGUCGCCAGCAGGAUUCACCGUAUGUGUCUGGUAUGAAGAGCUGCCACUGAGCCGAUGGGCCCGGGGGCUUCUAGAGCGAUGGGUUUCCUCCGUUUUAUCCCAGUGUUCCCUUUUUCUUUUAAACUGAGUUGAAGUGCGGUUUGGUAUGAGGAUGUUCUGAUAUUUGCGGUCACAUACACAAGUGUUACGGGACUUUGAGUCGUUUCUUAUGAGCUCCCCGAUUACAGCUGAACGGGGGAAAUACAAUUGUAAAUUAUUUAUGACUAACAUGUUGGUUUGCUUUUUGUCAGUUUCAAUGUAUCCCUAAAAGCACUUUUUGGAGUUAAAUUUGUCGCCCCUUAGUGUAAAAAGAUUUGCUAACUUGAAACAGGGUUGCACUUGCUUUUGGACCGAAUUAUUGUGGUGUGCAGGUUAGAUUUAUUAUCUGAUGGGUCUAUAACACACUUUUGAUAUUCAGGGAGAGAAAGAUCAACUUUACAAUUCGUCUGGAGAUAAUGGCAUGAUAUGUAUUUCCUCUGUGAUUUGAUCUCACUUUUUUGGUUUUGUUUUUUUGUGAAAAGCAUGAGGCACAAAUUCCCCGGGUGUUUAUUUUUACAUGUAUGUUUAAUAUUUGCUAUGAUUCCUAACGUACCACAAAAUCCCAUCAGUGGAUGUGUUCUUCCAUCGAGAAUUUAGAAACCACAGUGAUCAUUCACAAGAUCUCAAAGAAAAAGCAUCAGUUUGUUGAUCGUUUUACACGCGCUGUGACUCAAAACGUGCUGUUUCGAUUGAGCAUCCAAAGCAAAACAUGACAGCCAUCAUACUGUAUCCUCUACACUACAGUAAUAUUAUUUUCGUAAUCUUACAUGAUCUUCCUCAGUGUGAUAUUCAGGGCUGGACACCCAGAGCUGGGUUCAUAAAGACAAUCACUUGUGCUAGAGCAGGCAAAAAAAAUCAAGUGUGUAGCAGGAGAUCUUUGCAAUAGCAUGUUAAACUUGAAAAAGUGGUUUGCAUCCCUUUGAAAGGCGUUUCUUUGUAAAUAUGCAGAUUAGGAAGUAUUGAUACUACUGACAGCGCUCUAUUUCUCUCUGCAGUCGCUUAUCGUCAGUUGGAUUUGCCUCUUUCAUCAUCUGAAUGUACAUAAAUGAUCUUAUGUUUUUUUUAUAUCUGAUAGAAAGCACAGAGAAUUUACCAUCAGAUCCAUUUCGCAACGUAUUACGUUUCCUGGUACAUUAAGGGGGAACUCUUGCUAUGUUGUUUGUUUUCAUGCGAAGUCUGUUGUUUUUACGCCUGAUUCACUAAAGGAAUUUUUCAGUUUAGGAAAUGAUGCUCAGAAGUUUAGCGCUUCGCGCAGCGCAGUUUUGAGUGAUGAGGCGAACCAUUCAGGUCCUGCACACCUGAACAAGCUAAUGAAAUUCUUCAGGAUUACUUGAAAAUUACAGCCAAUUGGUUUUGAUCAGUGUUGGAUGCGAGCUCGGCUGGAGUACAAUUCAAUAGCUCUGCUUUACAGCAUUGCUCUUCCGCAGCCAGACGCCUGAAUCGGCUCCUGCGAGCAUCAACACAAUUCAUCAACAGCAAAUUGGCUGAAAGUGCAUUUUUAUUACAAUUUUAACUACAGACCCAUUAUGAAAUAUUCAUGAGGUUUUAGGAGCACGUUUAUUGAAGCAUGAGGAUUGGAUGGUCAGCAGGUUUUUAUAGAUCACGGCGUUUACAUCACUCCUUCCAGCUCGUCCAGUUUCACUUCUCCAUCUCAUGGUCAUUAUUACUCUGUAAGCUUUAAAAUAGAUUCAAGAUGCACGAGAGAUGAUAGUCACAUCUGAGACGGAGUACUCUUUUCUUCACAUCCCUUAUGAAGUUUUAAGUCUAUAAUCUCAUUUUUUAGUAGAUUCAUUUUUUAAGUUGCAAAAGCAUUUUUUAGCAAUGAUGCUUUAACAAGGCAGGCAUUGCAUUGCGUUUAUUAGCAUUGUAGUGAUUUCUGGUAAAUAUCUAGUGUGGUUUGACCAAUGACGUGCUAUGACACUUGAUGUGCUUGCUUGAGAUGGACGUCGAUGUCGAGUAGUGCUCCAAAAAACUGAUUUUUCAGUUCUGUGCAGUUAAAACAGCGGUCAGUACGGGAGACAUGUACCACCGUCAUUUUCACUUUGAUUUCUGUGUGAACACACCCUCUUCUUCAGCUCUAUCUCUCCCUUUUGGAUCAUUUAGUCUUUCGGUUGACAGUUCUCAGUAUUGUCACCGCUGUCGGAGCUGUAACUGAUGGCUGAAGCAAGAGUCAUGUGUUUCCGCCUGAAUGGGUCUCGGUCUUAUUUUGUGACGGCGCCGCUCUCAAUCCUCCAUGAAACGUAGCAAGAUGUACGUAUCACGAUGAGUCUUCAGCUCUGCCAUUUAUCAUUGAUGAUAUCUGCAGGCAAAUCUUAAGUAACUGUUUGAGAUGCUUGAUUUCAGGUCACCAACCAUGUGAAAGUUAAAUUUCAGGCUUUUAAGAUGUUAGUGAAGGUGAGGAGCUGGAAAGCAGAGCUCGCGAAUCUCUCGCAGGGACUGUUGAUCUGUGAUCUAGAGCGACAUGCUCAAUCCAUCUGUUCAUGUACGCUUCACUGGGUCACUGCAUGACGAUGUGGCCGAAGCUCUUCCUGUGCUGUUUUAUAGAAACAUUUUGACUUGAUUUUAUGGAAAAUGUCCGGGAAAAGAUAUCAUUGUCGUGUCAUAUCAGAUCUCCACUUAGCCGUGCUUUUCUUUGCAUUUUAGACUGAUUAAUGAAUUACGAUUAUGUUUUCAACCAAUUGUUUUUACAUUUCCGAGGGGGGGGAGGGUUGUGAAAUCAUGGUGAAUUUUCCUCUUUCAGGCUUUUAUGUGGGCAAGCAGCUGUUUUUAACAUAAUUCUCCUGUUUCAAUAGAUAUAUUACCUAGCAAGAAAAGAAUGUAAAUCAUAGGAGGAAAUAUAUAUUAUAUAAAAUUGUAUAAUAUGCAAAAAUAUAUAUGAACUAUUGUUAUUUAUGUGAGUCCAAAUAAAAGUCUGAUCCCAUAUGCGUCUUUGUUCUGUGUGUUCUUG